UGUGGUCACGUGCCGUUGGGUGUGCCGCUGUUUCCCCUGUAGAAGAGGAGCGCAGUAAAGUGCUCGUCGUUUACUCUCGGGAGCUUCUCGUUCCACUCUGACCGCUGCGAGCAUUGACCAUGAGCUUUUCCCUGGGUGACGCCGUGGGUGGUGAGGAUGAGGUGAAGAAGAGUGACGCUGAAAAGAACGAGAUCUCGUGGCCGUGGAACAAGAAGAAAUCCGAUAAGGCGAAGGACAAAGACAAGUCUAAAGACAACAAGUCCGGUGAGAAGAACAAAGACAAGUCCCACGACAAGUCUGAAGACAACAAGCCCGGUGAGAAGAAGAAGAAGAAGAAGAAAAAGGAGACGAAUGAAACCAAGGACAAAUCUGCCGAGGAAAAGAAGGAUGGAACAUCAUCCUCCUCUUCCUCCUCCUCUUCCUCCAGCAGUGAUGAGAACUGAUGCUUCCUGACCGACCACACUGUUGAGUCAGCUUGAACCAGCUCUUCAACUUCAACACUGAGUCGUCGUCAAUAUUCUGCUUCACCACUAGAUGGUAGUGUUUCUCCUGUUUUGAGUAUUUAAAGAAUUGUACGGCCAAAACAUGAACCACGGUGGCGUCACAAAAAGUGAAGGUGCAUGAAUCGACUGCCCACUGAAUAAUCCAGCACAAUUAAACACACUAUGAUUCUCACUUUUGUGUGU